AUGGGAAAGCUCGAUGGAAAAGUUGCUCUCAUUACAGGCGGUUCUGAAGGUAUUGGCUUGGCCACUGCUCAACGAUUCAUCACUGAAGGUGCAGAGCAUGUCUUCAUCACCGGACGCCGUCAAGAAGUACUCGAUGAAGCUGUUAAAAAGAUCGGUAGCAAAAAUGUGACGGCAGUGCAAGGUGAUGUCUCAAACAUGGCUGAUCUUGACAGAUUGUACGACAUUAUUCAGAAAGAAAAAGGUCGUUUAGAUAUCGUUGUCGCCAACGCAGGUAACAAUCCGAAUGCACCACUUGGAGCGAUCACUGAAAAGCAUUUUGAUGAUUUAAUCAACAUCAAUGUGAAAUCAGUAUUGUUUACUGUUCAAAAAGCUUUGCCAAUAUUAGUUGAUGGUGGAUCCAUUAUCUUAACCGGAUCUAUCGGUUCUAUGAAAGCUACUCCAACUGCGAGUGUCUACUGUGCUACAAAGGCAGCUGUUCGCUCUUUCGCCCGAUGUUGGACGGUCGAUUUGAAGGAGCGAAAAAUCCGGGUGAAUACACUGAGUCCAGGACCAAUCGAAACGCCAAUGUUAGAACGUGCAGGAAAGAGUGAAGCAGAAAACAAAGCAUUCAUCACAGGUAUGAUAGCUCGUUCACCAAUGAAUCGAUUAGGUACACCUGAUGAAAUUGCCAAAGCUGCAGUCUUUCUUGCUUCAGACGAUAGCAGUUACAUCACGGGUAUUGAACUGUGUGUUGAUGGCGGCUUAGCACAAAUCUGA